AAAUGUUGUCACUGCCAUUCCAUAAAUGGCAGCGUAAGAAACCGGAAACUAGUGCAACCUAAAAAGAAAUCCCCAGAAUCAACAGCAACCUUCAAUCUUCAGAGAGUGAAACCCAGACUGAGAUUAACCUGUGCCCAUCGAGGGAGAAGCUGCAGCGGGGACGACAACAUCCCAGACAGCAUGCAGGAUCCAAAUGCAGAUACUGAAUGGAAUGAUAUUUUGCGGAAAAAGGGCAUCCUCCCCCCUAAAGAGGAUCCAAAUGAGGCAGCAGAGGAAGAGCUCAUUCAGCACCCCAAAUCAGUUGUUAAAACAUACGAAGACAUGACCCUGGAAGAACUAGAAGAGAAUGAGGAUGAAUUCAGUGAGGAAGAUGAAAGAGCCAUUGAGAUGUACAGACAGCAAAGACUAGCCGAAUGGAAGGCAACCCAGAUGAAGAAAGUGUUUGGGGAGAUUUUGGAGAUCUCAGGGCCUGACUAUGUGCAGGAGGUGACUAAAGCUGGUGAACGCCUGUGGGUAAUACUGCACCUAUACAAACAAGGGAUACCUCUUUGUGCGUUGGUAAAUCAACAUCUAAGUGAACUAGCAAGGAUGUUCCCAGAAACUAAAUUUAUUAAAGCCAUAUCCACAACCUGCAUACCCAGCUACCCUGACAGGAACCUCCCAACAAUAUUUAUUUAUCGUGAUGGUGACAUCAAGGCACAGUAUGUUGGGCCCUUAGUAUUUGGAGGCAUGAAUUUAACAAAAGAAGAACUGGAAUGGAAGCUGUCAGAAUCUGGUGCAAUCAAAACUGAACUAGAGGAAAACCCACGAAGACAGAUUGAAGAUCAAUUGAUGUCAUCUAUCAGGACUAGUGCUCCAUCAAAGAAGAACAGUGAUUCUGAAGAAGAUUAGUUAUUUGAGUAUAGUGGGGUAAAAUUUCUCACUGGGUGCAGUUAACAAUUCCAGUACAAAUUGUGCCCACUUUGAAAAGUCUCCUUUUGAGUUUCUACACACUCCAUUUGUACAUCACUGAACACAAAAUUUGCCAUGAACCAGCACAAUUGGUCAACAUUUAAAACACUACAUUUUAAGUUACAUUAAAAACACUCGAGUGGUAACUUGGUAAAGCUCGAUUAAUACAUCUGAAAAUAGGUUAUCACAAAAAAGUGAACAUUUUAAUUCCAUGUCAAUCCAGUCUGUGAGUAACCUGAUCCCUUUUUUUAAAUACUGAAAAUGACUUAAAGAUCCAAAAAUAUUUUCCUGUUAGGUUUUACUACUGUAACCCUAAUCUUUCAAAAUAUACCAAUUAGUGUCCUUAAAUUCAAACUCCAUCUAAUUUUUGGAGCCUCCUUGAAAGUCUACAACAAGCACAAUUAGGAUAAACUCUCAGUGGGGACAUUGCAAGUUUUGUGGGUCGGACCUGCUUCUAAUGUGAUAUUUUAAAAUUUAGUGCAAAUGAUUGUAGAAACUCUGACCCAAUUUGCACUGAAAAUUCCAUGAUCUUAUGCACCAGUUACUGCAAUAUCAGGGAAUUGUGUAAAGAAACCAGUGCAAUGGAAUGGAAACUCCAGACUAGCGUGGUAUUGUUAAUAAAAGCAAUUGGAAGAAUUCAAAUUCUGAAAACAUUAAUCACUAUUUUCUAUUUUUAAAUUUUUACACUCAGCAGUCUUCAAUAAAGAUCCUCUAAUUAAAAAAAACUAUAAUUGUCCACUGUGGAAGAUCUUUUUUAAUUUAAACCAUAACUUUUUUUAUGAAGGCUGUAAAUAUUCAGCAGUGAUGAUAUUUAAUUCAGUAAUUUUUGGAAGAAAUAAGUUAAAUAUACUGAUAAGUUUUUGUGAAUUGCAAGGCACUGACCCACAGUACAGCAUUGGAUUUCCAGUUGAUCUGCAGCUGGAGAUUGGCUUACAAUUUUUUUUUCUUUAAAUGCAGCCAUAUAUUUAAAAUCCUUCUUUCAGAGCUCUUGAUCAACAUUCUAUCCUGAUUCUCCAUUUCAGGCGUAAGCUUGAAUAAAUUUCUUUCAUAUAGUUGAAGUGAAAUUUGCAUACUGUUAUUGUUCAGAUUUAAACAUUAGCAUGAUGCUUCUAUAUUUGUUCCUUUCCAACUACAUACAAAUUAAUAAAAAACUAUGUAAUCUUCUAUUUCUUUCAUCCUCAAUCCAAAAUCCCGGAACAAUCCAAAAGCAAAUCAAUUCAAAUGGUGCUUCUAACAUGUAGCAAAGCCGUACAGACUUGAGGUUGUCUAAUUUUGCUUGUGGUAGCCAUAGUGGCAUUACACCCCUGGGUAAGAGAGCAAAAUAAGGCAGAACAGUCACUGCUAAUUCCAAUCAAGUGAUUCCUGCAGAACUGCCUGUUUUGUCAAUAUUGGGCAAUUGUGUUGCUUUCCCAUCACCCUACCCACUUAACCAAUUGAAGAAUUAUCUGCCAGUACUUAUUGUUGAGGUUCAUACAUUUAAUAUUGCCUACUUGCAAGUACUAGAGAGUUCUUGGGGUGCUAGCUCAGCAUAAAUUCAGUGCCUACAAGGAAGGGGAGAAACACUGUCAAAGUAACAGGAAAAGCUCUGGCACACAUUGGACAAGAACAAGAUUGGUUUAACUGUGAUCUCAUCAUGAUAAAUGUCAAAAUUGACUGGCUAUUUUUCACAUGAGAACCCAGAAUCAGCAGGAGUGCUGCCAACAUCUGUGGAGUCACCAGUAUCUGUUGUAUCAGACUCAUACAGGAGUUACCAGAUGGGUGGUGAGAGGCGCGGAGAGAUUGUGUUUCUUGCUCAUGUUUGACAGAGUGUAAAUUUUGUCAGUCUGUUCUCACCUCUUGAAAGGAGGGAAAUUGCUCUGAGUGACAGGAGCUUGUACCUUUGUUUUCUGUACUGCUGAAAUAUGGUUUAUGAAAGGUUGUCCAAGAGUUUAGGAGUAUUAAUAUAGUGGCUGGGCACCCUCUUCUCUCCACCUCUCUCUCUCUUUCUCUCCCCCCCCCCUCCCCCAAUCUUUAGUCAUGGAAAGAACCAAUUUACAGGCAAUUACUUCUUUUUAGAUUACUUGUCAGUUAGAUUAAGUUUUUUCACUCCUUAUUAAAUGUAAUCUAUUAAUCCUUACUGCUGGUUGGUUAGAUAGAUAGCCAAUAGGUUCUAGUGUUCAUUAUUAUUUGUGUCCUCUUUAUUCAAUAUUUUAAAGAAACUUUUCUGAACAAGGUAUUUGUGAUGACAUUAAACCUGCGGUAAAAAUGGCUUUUGUCUUUAAAUGUGACACUUCAUAGCUCCAGGAAAGUUAAAGCUGCUUUGGCUGAACAGUUUUUUUUAAAAAAGAUUUUCAGUUUGCAUAUGUCUUUGAAAUAAACUCAAAUGUUGUUAGAAUAGGAUUGUUCAGAUUUCAGGAGUAGCUUGAUUAUGACAAAAUAAAUCUCCUAACACUGUUUCUGCUUGCCAUGACUUGUAUUUUCCCUCUUGUUUUAUUAUUUUAGCUUUACUUUUUUUAUGUUGAAAAUAUUUUAUUUUAACUUUAUUUUUUUAUGUUUAAAAAUACUUUUUUUAAAAAGUGAUUAUCAUUGGUAUGGCUCCUUCUGGAGAUAAAUACAUAACACAAAUUUGACCUUUUAUUGAAAAUUAACUGGUUUCCCAGUCAAUAGGGUCUUAAUGCUUGAAAUUUUGAUUUAUAAGAUGUAAUACUAACACGGCGAGGUCAGCUUUUAAUAUUUUCAAAUACAAUGCAAAAAAGUGACCACUUAAUAGUUUAAUUUGGCAACCUAAGGGGUUAAUACCAUUGUGUAAACAUCUUUUCCGUCAAGAACAUGUAAAGCAGUGACAUUUGGCAUUAGCACUGCCAAGACGACCAGUCUCCAAACAGUGUAUGCUCCACACAACCAAAUGUAUAAAAACCUAGGAGUGACAUGUGUUGUAAUCUAAUUUGGAGGAUAACAAGAAACAUUUUUCUUCAGGCACCAAUUCUAUAAAGGAUGUUUAUUGUAAGUGAAUGAACGCUCAAUUUUGUCUUAUCAGAGCCAUUAGAUUUCUGUGCAUUAUCAGGAUGUUCUUCUAAGUUAUACAUCUUAAUUUGCUGGAUUUUUGUACAUGUUGCUGCAAAAUCAUGUAAGCGGGAUGUAAUAUUAUUGUGCUCAUGUUUUGGAAAGCUGUUCUCAUAAUUAAAUUGUUUUGGUUGUAAACCUCA